AGAGGGUACCUAACUAUAGCGGUGUAGAGCCAGCGGCAUUUGAUAUUAUCAUUUACCUACACAUCAAUAAGUAUUCACGUUUCCAUUGAUCUGUUUUCUUUAAUUAAGUAGUUGCACUCACCAAGAGUUCGCUAAAAAGCAGUCCAUUUUUCGAUGUAUAAUUUCAUCUCAUCUAUAGCCGUUUAAAAUGAAUAGUAAAAUAAAGACGUGCAUUUAUAGCGAUAAUGCAAGUGAUUUGAUGGAGUUGUUGAAUAACGGAUUGGAUCCGAACUUCGAAGGUGGAUGGCCGAUUAGGUUGGCGGCUCGACAUGGCUCAUGCUCUGUUGUCAAGGCACUUAUUCAAUAUGGAGCCAACCCACAUCUCUUAGGCGAAUCUGGUGCAUCCACCCUACAAUUAGCAGUGUUUUCCACUGCUCACUGGGAUACAGAUAAAUGGACCUUCCUGCUGUCUUGUUGUGAUUCCUCUCAACUGGCUGAUGGUGCUGCUGUAGCCAUUAUCUUCAAUAAUAUAUCGGCGUUGUUAAGAAUUUUAGAAACCGGACGGUGUAACACAAAUAUUCCCACGACAUUAACAGGUAAAACUUUGGAGAUGCUGUCAAAAGGAUAUAAAUUACAUUAUUUGCUCAAUACGUCCCCUAUCCAAACGAAUAGAAACGUCACUCCAAAUGCUUCUCCUAGGAGAUCAAGACAACAUAGACUGGUUCCAGGAAGCAGCACCUCUUCACACCAUCCGCAUAGAAAUCUGUCACCGUCGGUAGCCACAUUUUUCAACCAAACUGUUGGACAAACUGGUUUGACGCCUCCGCGCAGUCCUAUUACUCUCGUUUCAUCACCUAUGCCUGCUUAUACUCGAUAAUUAUUUUACAAUUACCUUACCAAUAUAAUUUUAAACAAUCAUUUAUUGCUUCAUCGCCGUAAAUUUUAAAAUCUUAAUGGCACUUGGAUGCAAUAGGCGAUAUGAAGAUGGCACAUACCUACCUACUUACGAAUUUUACUUAUUAUUAACAACGCAGAAGACUCUACAAAUCGCCAAUUGUAUAUUUAGGUGGGACUACAUUGAAUAUUUUAAUUUAUUGACUACAUAUCCUGCAACUGAAAUGUUUAGUGCUUGUGGGGUGACACUUUGCAUUUCAAUUUCUUUCUAUUUCUACUUCCUUUCAUUGACUUACCUGGAUAUUGACUUACUUAGAGAGUAGUUAUAAAAUUCGGAACUUCACAAUCACAGAACUUUUUAGUUGCUAAGCACUUUGUACCAGGGCUUGUAAGCGGUUAAGGUAUGCAAGCGGUUAACCUCAUGUACCUUAACCGUUUUCAGCCCUAUUAUUAAUUAUCUAGUAUUAUAUUUAUUGACAAACUAUUAUGUACUAAAUAACACAAAUGACAUAACGACGAAUCAUAUUUAUUAAGUAAGUAUAUUAUGUGAUUAAAAUAAUACAUUGAA